CCUCCAGCAGGCAGGCAGCGGCUAGGCUCUCAGACUGAAGCAGACAAAGGCGAGGGAGAGACGGCGUGCCGCUAUCCUGCUGCAGCAUCGACGCACACAUUCACACACACACUCCCUUCUCUCCGCAAGCAGCGACGCAGACUCUCCGGAGCUGGUGACCACUGCCACACAUCUAUCUGUCACAACCAUCAAAGCUUACAGUCACCAUGGAGCUAGACUUUGGACAUUUUGACGAGCGAGACAAGGCGACCCGUGCCCCACGAGGCGGGCGUCUGAACGGACUCCCCAGCCCCACCCACAGCGCCCACUGCAGCUUCUACCGCACGCGCACCCUGCAGGCCCUCACCAAUGAGAAGAAAGCCAAAAAGGUGCGUUUCUACCGCAAUGGAGACCGCUAUUUCAAGGGCAUCGUGUACGCCGUGGCCGCCGACCGAUUCCGCACCUUCGACGCGCUCCUGGCCGACCUCACACGCUCGCUCUCUGACCACAUCAACCUGCCUCAGGGGGUCCGCUUCAUCUUCACUGUGGAUGGCGAUCGAAAGAUCUGCUCUAUGGAUGAGCUAGAGGAAGGGGAAAGCUAUGUGUGUGCAUCAGAGAACGUGUACAAGAAGGUCGACUACACAAAGAACGUCAACCCCAACUGGUCCGUGAACGUAAAGGCCUCCGCGAAGAGCCUGCUAGCCUUCGGAGCCAGAGGCGGCAAUGGCGGAGAGGGCAAGGACUUUGUUCGACCCAAGCUAGUGACGGUGAUGCGCAGCGGCGUGAAGCCUCGCAAGGCUGUGCGCGUCCUGCUCAACAAGAAAACCGCACACUCAUUCGAUCAGGUGCUCACCGACAUCACAGAGGCCAUUAAACUUGAGAGCGGCGCGGUGAAGAGGAUCUACACACUGGAUGGCAAGCAGGUGACUUGCCUUCAAGAUUUCUUCGGUGAGGACGAUGUCUUCAUUGCAUGUGGACCCGAGAAAUUCCGUUACGCCCAGGACGACUUCUCUCUGGAUGUGAACGAAUGCAGGGUGAUGAAGGCACCCAAAUCCCAGCGUGGCUCCGUUAAGAGUCCUGGUCCGAUCAGGCGCAUGAAGUCUCCGACUGAAUCAACCAACGGGACGGGCUCCAGCAGCCAGAUCUCCACCCCGGUGUCCCGCAAGCAUUCCCCCACCUCCCCCCCCACCAGCCCGGGCCACAACAACAAGCAGAAGGAUCUCUACUUGCCCUUAUCUCUGGAUGAUGAUGACUCUCUGGGCGAAUCGAUGUAGAGCGUCCUCCUGCCUCCUCUUCGGCCUGAAACACAGAAGUUUUUAUACCUCUGAUGCGUUCCACCUUCACUCACAGUGCCACCUGUUGUCUAUGAGAACCAGUCUCUGUCUCUUUUAAGGCCUUAGUCCCCAGGGCUAUGACACCAUUUGCUGCUUGAGAAUAUCACAACCCCCUUUUCAAUAUGUUUCCUCCACGUUGAAAGAAUCAGCUCACUGAUGUUCAGAUGUUUUUUGCUAUGUGUCACUAUUUCUCAACGCGGGCACACAGUCCACUGACCAGCAGAUUUCACGGGUGUAAAAAUGUCACUUUGGUAUCCAUUUUCUUUUUUUAAAGAUUGCACUCUAACUUUUUUUAUUUUGGUCACAUACUCUCAAGCAGCAAAUGGGUUUUUUAAAGGGUGUUACUCAACUUUUUCACUUGUAUUCGUAAUGUUCCUCCAUGUCCUCCUGUCCUACAGUUAAAGGUGUGAAAGAUCAUUUUAAGAGGAAAUCUGCCAAGCCAGAUAAAGUCUUUCUAACCCGCUGUAAAUACUGUGUAUAGCUAUCCAUCAUAACAUCUCUGCCCAAUUUCCAUUGCUGUGCUUCCAUAACGUCACUACAAUGUCCGUCUAACAUUAGCUCAACAUGGUACAGGGUAUGGUCAAAGUAAAAGAAAAACAGCCAACAAAACGAAGUCCCACCACAGAGGGGGAGUGGGAUGCAGCUCGUGACUGAAGAGCGUUAUCUGAAGCGCCCUCGACUCAUAUUCCCAACUGAAUAUAUAAACCAGAGAUUAUGAAACCUUUUAAAAAUGACACUUUUAAAUGAAUAUAACGAUGGAGGUCUCAAAAUCCUAUAUUUGGCAUUCAUCUUGUCUAAUUAGGGACGAGGAUAAAAUAAUAAAAAGCAUCCCACAUGGCCCUCAGUGAAGUCUUCGUGUGGGUGUUUCCUUUAUUUUGACCCUCCUUAUAGAGAUUAGGAGAAUAUACCCUCUGUGUUUUAGAUUCACAAACUGCAGUGCAUGAUAUUAAUGAAUGAUGAAACCUAGACUUAAAGGACCUAAUGGUGCAUAAAAACAACCAAAGGAAAAAUAUUAGGCCUUUUUUUCAUUUUCUUUUUUUAAAAGACAAAUACACAUAAGUCUAAAAAAGUCCCCUUGUUAGGCCCGGUCAUCAAUGGUGGUGAUGUUUUCUAAUAGAAUAUGUGAAAUUCAAAGAUUAAUAAAUGAAGGUCUCAAAGCCAAAGUAUGAUGUUCGCAGUACGAUGAUAAUUUUUCGCCCAAGAGUUAUAGAAAAGGAAAAAUACCUAACUUCAAUAGUUGUACAAUUCUUUAAAUAUCCUUGAGGAAGCACACCUGGAGAUGUAUGCAUGUUACUUUUAACGAAUCAAAACAACGUUGAGAUUAAAUCAUAAAUUAGAGUUUUAUCGGGUGCUCAAAGGUAGUGGGAUCCUGUUUUGCAUGGCUCGGCAUAGUUCUCAGAUGCAGGAGGGAUGAAAAUGUAACGGUUGUCUAAAUCUAUGUGUGGGUUUUCAAUUUUUAUAAAGUUUUAUUAAUUUAUAUCAAGGGUACUUUUCUAAGAUUUCUUUCUAGUGUAACACUAGUACUUUUUCCAAACCUCUGUGUGAAACUUUCUAUGGCCAUAUUUCUUAUUUCUAUCGUCACGACGUGCAUCGUGUGUCUUACAAAUCUGUCAAGAGAAAAGUUUCCUCAGAUUUUUGCAGGGAAUCAAGCCUGAGAAUCGCUAAAUUGGACGAAGCUGAAGCACAAAGCAGGGAGCUUCUAUUUUAUCACAGCAACAGACACUUUACCGUCUACUUGCCAGCAUUUAAUGCGUGACCACAAUUCAUUUAUUAAUGUAUUGAAGAUGAAAUGCUGCACAUGUAGCAUACUUUAAAUUAACAUCUAUGCAUUUGGAUUAAAGAAUAGUUAACAAUUGUCUGUAGGAAGGACCUUUUUAUACCCAAAAGCAUUAAGAGAAAUGAACUAAAACUGAAAUGUCCAUUCAGGUAAUCCAUAGUGAUAAAGGGACUGUCUGAAAUGUGUAUGUCUUUAGAAGUGAUCAGGUGCCCGUCCUCUGGAAAAACUCUGAACAGCUGUGAACUAAACAUUUCUCCUGCAGGGAGUGCUUUCACGCCAGCACAAUAAAACAUCAGCUAAUCCAACAGCAGGGCCGCCUCACUCUGCCCUCCAUUUUGUACAAAUAACCCAUUUGUUGUCAGUCAGUUCCAUAUAACCUCUCCAUGCUAAUAAUGUUCUUGUUUCCUUGAUUUUUCUAAGCUUCUUACAGCGCUACAGCAUAAAACAUAACAGAAAAUGUCGUCUUGUGUUAACCUGCCUCCACCAUCUAAGGUGGACGGUGUGAACUCAUCACCUACAGUGGUGCCUUUUUCUUUUUUAGAUGACUGUCUUUUGAUAAAAAAAUAAAUAGAACAGGACAUUUGGGAUCUUUGUUAACCGCUGUUUGUAAAACAUUUUUAAACGUCUUGAAUGAGGACGCCUCCCGACACACUUUGUUUUGUAGAGCUACAGGACACUUUAUCAUGGUGUAAAUACGCUCCCUCCUGUUCUCUUUCAUAUGUAUGCCUUUCUGAGGGAAUGAAUGACUUUUUUUUUUUUAUCUCUUGGAAAUUUACAAUGUCCUUUUUAGUGGUAUUUUGCAAUGUCACAGUGGCUUGUUUCAGUGCUUCAUUCAAUGUAUUAACUGGUAUCCUUUUGCAAUUAAAAACAGUUGUAUUUCA